CGGAAGGCCGUCGCGGUCGGGCUGCACUUGGACUGCAGCCGCGACGUGCAGAAAACGGCCUCAAAGCUGAUUCCCAACAUGGUACUCGAACCGGGCGGCGGUCUGUCGUUUCCGCCGCCGCCGGGCGCAGCGGCGGCCUCGAGCGGCUCCAGCACGUCGACGGCCGCUGGCCCCGUGGUGGCCGCCAGUCCGCUCAGGCUGUUCCAGCGAGCCUCCCCGGUCUUUCCCUUUCACAUACCCGGCUGGCAUCACCCGGUGCUGGGCCAGGUGCAGAACCAGGUGCAGCAGUCGAUGCAGGCCGCCGCGGCGCGCUUCCUCAGCCAUCAUCAUCCGCAUCACGGACACCCGGGCCUGACUAGUCAUCCGUUGUCGGUAUCUGGCAUUGCCGCCCAUCACCCGGCGACGCACCAUCUUCAUCAGAGCCACGAUAACAACGACGACGACGACGAUAAAAAAGGCUGCGAUGGUGAGAGCGACGACGGUAGUAGCAAAAGACGCCGCAGCCGGACCAACUUCAACAGCUGGCAACUCGAAGAGCUCGAACGGGCCUUUUUGACGAGCCAUUACCCCGACGUUUUCAUGAGGGAGGCACUGGCAGUCAGACUCGAGCUGAAGGAAAGUCGCGUUGCGGUCUGGUUUCAAAAUCGACGAGCCAAAUGGCGCAAGAAGGAGCACACGAAAAAAGGGCCAGGCAGGCCGGCGCACAACGCGCAUCCGCAGAGCUGCAGUGGCGAGCCGAUACCGCCGGAGGAAUUGCGCAGAAAGGAACGCGACAGGCGGCAAAAGAAGCUCAUGAAGGCCCUCGAAAGGCAGCAAAGAAAAUUGGCGGCUAAGGGUAUUACAGUGGAUUUGACGACGUUGAAAGCCGAGUGGGAAUCACGAAACGCAGCCGCUGCGUCAGGUAGUGGCUCGAAUUCUCUAAAUGGGGGCUUCCUCAACAACAAUAACAGCAGCACGAACAAUAACAACGAAGGCCUGCUCGAAGCGAACGAAGAAAUUGACGUUGUCGGUGGAUUGGAUUCUUGCAGCGAGAGCGGCAGCGAGCGAGUUGACGAUUCGGCGGCCGACGGCUCGAUCGAUGGGGAAUCGUAUCCGGCGACGCGGAUCGCGCCUCAGUUGAGCGACGUCGAGCAUCAGCGGAGGUUAUCGACUCAGCUCGGUCAACAUCAUUUGCACUUGAAUCAUCAGCAAGGCAUACACAAUUGGGGUCUUAGCUUGCUUGAGCGACGUCGGGAGUUGAUCAAAGCGAGCUCCGCCGCUGCCGACGGGCAACAGACCUCGUCGUCGCAACGAAGGAGUAGUUGCGGACCCGAUGACGAGCCACAGAGUGGCAGUAUAGAUCUGUCGGUUAAGGGUAGGGAGGACAGGCGUCGCUUGAAUCCUUUUUCCAUCGACAGUCUCUUGGGCAAUCACAAAAACGUAAGUGUGAUUGAGCUGAGUAGCAGCAGUAGCCACGUUACCGGCAAGGACUUCAAGUCACCGGCCGCAUCGCCAGUCAGCUCGGCCAAUUCGGUGCCCACAUCGCCGAGUCUCGCGUAGUCCUGGCUUCGAUGGUGGAGGGAGGCUUCUUGAGGAUGAGACUGAAUUUAUGGUUUAUCCGUUCUCGACCGGUCAGGUCUAUGGACGAGAUCCACCUUUUAUCAUAAGCAAGUGAAGAGUGAAUAAUUUAAAAUAUCUGAAUCUGAAUUAUAUAUGACUGUGUGAAUGUGAUGAAUCGAUUUAGAAAACUAAAAAAUUUAUUAUCAUUAAUGAUUUGUACAUAGAUAGAAAAAGUACGUAGAAUUUCCAAAUAAUGCAGUGCAUCGAUACGACGACACGAAUAAGGAUCUUUCCUCGCUGAUGUGCAUAUAAAAAAGUAAGAAACGUGUGUGAUUGUGCAAAAUGUAUUAUAUAUCAGUGAAUGAGUAAAUAAGAAGACUCAUAUCGCUUUUAACAUAUCCUAAAAUGAGGUUUUGCUUAAAAAUUUUGCAUAAUGCCUUUAUUAAGUGGAGUAAAACAUCAGAAAACCUUUCCCUCGGCUACUCUUGCAAUUCACUCACGUCGGCUAAUUUACCCAAUUGUCCUUCAUACUGGUUGCGGGUUUGCUUGUGGUUCACGAUUAAUCCCCAUUACAUAGAUAACUUAAAAAUUUACCGUGCAAUAAAGCAAUUUCAAGAGAAAAGAUAUCAGUUGUACGAAAUUACAAGAACAACAUUUUUUAGAAUAAAAAAAUUUAUAAUAACAUAGAUACAUUGAGAAAUUUAGCAGUAUAAUCUUUAUAAUUUUCUAUUUCAUUUGUACUCAAUUGGUUAUUUAUCAAGACUCAAAAUCAAUUUUUUUAUCAAGUUAUCCGAUGCGAAUGGAUUUUAUCAUAUAAAUCAUAUAGUUUAAAACUACGAUCGUGACAAAGCAUAAAAUUAUUCAAAAGCAUUAAACAGUAUAAUUUUCGGAAGUUCAAUCGAUUUUUUAAAAAAAAAGUAUUUUAUUUUAAUUAAAUUCUGCAAAAUUUUAUUCAAUCAAAUCAUUUUUAUGAAUAUACUAGACAUUGAUUACCCUGAGGUACAGAUACAAACGACUGUAGCAAAAUUAAGAAAAAUAAGUAAAAGUUUUUACUUUUUUUGUUUCUCAGUGUAGCAACGUUGGAUUGCGUGCGUGAAUCUGGGUGAGAAAAGUAUAAUGUUUUUGUGAAAUGAAAAAACUAUGUUAUCAUAUAAAGAAUUUCCGAAUCUAAAGAAAUAAUAUUGAUUAAGGUGCAAAAAAUUAUAUUAUAAUAGAGCGUAAAAAAUGUAUUUAUAUUGUAAAUAGUUUUGGAAGUGACAGUAGUAAUUUAAUCGACGUGUUAGCUAUUACAUAUAUAAAAGAUAAAUAUUGGCCUCGAAACGGACCAUUCCGAAAAAAACGAUAUACAUUUUGAAGCAAUAGUCGAUGAAUUUAAAGUAUACUUGGGAGAAAAAUUAACAAAUCACAACUGUAAAGAUCAUAAGGGAAAAAAUAUAUCGAAUGAAAUGAUGCCAUAGACCAUAGCAAAUCCAUUUAAACAAAAGAAGUAAAUGUUAAGUACAGUUGUAUGCAUAACAAAAUAAAAAAAUGUUCAACUUUUUCAUUGACAUCGUAGUUGCCAUAAAACUGAGAUUCGAAAAACAGUACCUAUCAUUAUA